AUGUACUUUACGAAGGGGUUUCUCCUUCUACACACAUUGCUUGUAUUCCUUAUUCCCCAGUUUGACACUUUACAAGACAUCUUAACCAUCAGCAAUCCCAUCAGAAAUGGUGACCUUUUAGUCUCUAACGGAGAAACCUUUGCACUAGGUUUCUUUAGUCCCGGAGAGUCCACCAACCGCUAUGUUGGCAUUUGGUUUUAUAAAGCUCCUGAACAACCCGUGGUAUGGGUUGCAAACAGAGACAAUCCUAUCAAUGAUAAUUCCGGGGUUUUCUCAAUUAAUCUUCAUGGAAACCUAGUGCUCUGUGGCGAGGACCAAAAACAACCCAUUUGGUCGACAAAUAUUGUCACAAAAUCAAACAAUAAUACUACUCUUGCUCGGCUCAUUCAUUCAGGAAAUCUAAUGUUGUUGAUUAAUGAAACAAGUGAGGUGCUAUGGGAAAGCUUUGACAAUCCAACUGAUACAUUUCUCCCGGGCAUGAAACUUGGGUUAGAUCGAAUGAACGGUCUAAAUCGAAUUCUAACAUCUUGGAAGUCCAAAGAUAAUCCAGGAAUUGGCUAUUGCUCCUUCAUUCUCAACACCAAUAGCUCCUCCCCAGAGUUGUUCUUGUAUAAAGGUAAUAUUUUGUGGUGGCGUUCUGGUCAUUGGAAUGGUAUUGGAUGGAGUGGAAUACCAACAUCGUCAAGUAAUGAUUCGGUCGUGAAUUUCAAUUUAUUUAACAACCAGUAUGAGACUUCUACAAUUUGGGGUUUACGUUACCCAGACGUGUCAUUAUUGUCAAGAUUAGUGGUGAAUGGAUCUGGAUCAAUUCAACGCUCUGUGAGUGAAAUUUCAGAUCAAGAAUGGGACAUUCUUGGGACAGUUCCAUUGGACCGGUGUGACAAUUAUGGGCGGUGUGGUGCAUUUGGUAAGUGUCAAGUUCAAAAUGGUACUGAAUUUGAAUGCACUUGUCUACCUGGGUUUGAACCAAGAUCACCAAGUGAAUGGUCUGCGAGAAAUGCGACGAGUGGGUGUGUGAAGAAGCAUGGGGGGGCAUCCAUUUGCAAGAGUGGUGAAGAGUUUGUGAAGGUGGAAAAUGUGAAGCUUCCGGAUAGUUCAUUUGCACGAGUCGAUGAGAAGCUGAGUUUGAAGGAGUGUGAGCAAAAAUGCUUGGAGAAUUGUUCUUGCACGCGUAUGGAGGAGUAG